AAAUACAUGUUCUUACAUUUAAAAUUGUCACGAACAAAGAGUUGUGUCUAGGAUAAAAUUAAUGUUUAAAAAUGAAAUGAAAACAUGCUUCUGAUGAUGACUCAGAAGAACCUUUCCACGCCGUUCCCAAAAUACGACGACCUUCUCCGUCGCUAUGUAGCUUCCAAACACAACAAAUUCGGUUUAUGUGCCUCAGCCAUCACCUUUUGUCUCAAAAGUUGCAUUUCCUUAGGCACCCUUGAAUUUGGAAGAGUGGUUCACGUGGAUUCCAUCAAGCUAAAUUUCAACUCUGAUUGUUUUGUAGGUUCUUCUCUCAUUAAGUUUUAUUCACAAUAUGGAAAAAUAAAAGAUGCACAUAAGGUGUUUGAUGAAAUUACUAACAAAGAUAUUGUUGCUUAUACUUCCAUGAUCACUGCAUAUGCUCACUCUGGUGGUUCAUUUGCUUAUGGUGCUUUCAAUAUUGCUUGCACAAUGCAGCAACAAGGGAUGCUUCCGAAUCGAGUUACGUUAGUGAGCUUGAUGCAUGCAGCGGCGAAAUUGGGGGCGUUGCAAGAGGGUCGUGUGAUUCAUGGUUACGCUGUUAGGAGAGGAAUUGGUUUGUGUGAUGAUGUUUUUGAGACAACCCUUUUGGAUAUGUAUCAUAAAUGUGGUGGUGUAGGGUUAGCUGCUUCGGUUUUUGCCAAGAUGGAUGCUCGAAAAACAAUAAAUGUUGGUUCUUGGAACAGUUUGAUGGCUGCUUAUCUUCAUAAUGGACAGGCUUUAGAAGCUUUUGAACAUUUUCGUCGAAUGAUGUGUAGAAAUGUUUUGCCUGAUUUGUUAACAUUGGCCAAUGCGCUUUUUUCUUGUGUCGAAUUGAAUUAUUUACGUCGAGGGAUGAGUAUCCAUGGGUACAUGAUCACGAUGGGGGUAGAACUUGAUUUGGUGGCUUCUACUGCUUUGGUUGAUUUAUACUGUAAACUUGAUGUAACGAAAGCUAGGAAACUGUUUGAAAGACUGGGGAAUAAGGAUGCUGUUGUAUAUAAUGUUAUGAUGACUGGUUAUCUUGAAAAUGAGUUUCUUGUGGAGACGGUGAAUGUUUUUCGUGAAAUGGUCAAGGUGAAUGUUAGUCCAAAUGUGGCUUUGUUUCUUAAUUUGAUUUCUGCAGUAUCAAAAUUGAGAGAUAUUAAAUUAGCCAGGUCUAUCCAUGGUCAUGUAUUGAGGCAUAUGCACUUGUCGCAUUUGGAAAUUGCAAAUCAAAUUAUUCACGCAUAUUCAAAAUGUGGGUAUGUCAUGGAUGCAAGGAAAGUCUUCAAUAGGAUGAGAACAAGGGACUUGGUUUCAUGGACUUCGAUGAUAACAGGUUAUGUUCAUAAUGGUCACAUUGAUGAAGCCAUAAACUUGUUUCGUUUGCUGCAAAGAGAAAAUCUAAAUAUCGACUCUGUUACUCUAAUUGGUCUCCUUCAGGCAUUAUCCCAGCUUGGAUGUCUAAGAUUUGUUAAGGAAGUGCACUGUUUCAGUUACCGAUUUUUCCAUGGUAGAGAGUUGUCUGUAAAUAAUUCUCUUAUUACUAUAUAUGCUAAGUGCGGAAAAUUGUGUAUGGCUAGAUACAUAUUUCAGCAAAUGACAGAACGGUGUCUCACAUCAUGGAAUGCAAUGAUAGGUGCAUAUGCGAUGCAUGGAAACUAUACAGAGGUGUUAGAACUCUUUGAUCAUAUGAAAUUUGGAAAAAUUACACCUGAUGAAGUGACUUUCACUUCAAUACUCACUGCCUGCAGCCACUCAGGAUUGGUAGAAAAGGGUCUACAAAUUUUUGGGAUAAUGAUGAAGGAAUAUGCAAUAGUUCCCAGUGAAGUUCAUUAUAGUUGUAUAGUAGAUUUAUUAAGCCGAGCUGGUCGACUUAGAGAGGCAUACAAUCUGGUCAAAACCAUGCCUUCAACACAUAGUUCUGCUGCAUUGUCUUCUUUGCUUUCUGCUUGCAGACUAUAUGGGGAUACUGAGAUUGGAGAGGCCAUAGGGAAACAUAUAUUAAAAUUGGAACCAUAUAGUUCAGGUGCUCAUGCUUUGGUAUCAAAUAUACGUGCACAAGGGGGGAGAUGGGAUGAAGUAGCCCAAAUAAGGUCCAUGACAAAGAAUACGAAAUUGAGAAGUACUGCAGGAUAUAGUGCAUGUUUAGAUUGACAAGUUUUGGUGGAAUCACGGUCAGCCACCGUGGUUUUAACAAACACUACACUUUGGAGCUUAAACAAAAUGACGGUGCCAUCCAAACGUGGCACGUAGUCAGAUACAGGUAGUCAGCUAGACAAACUUAUUAUGUGCAAUUCAUUUUGUCAGAUCAUCCAAAAAAAUUGUUCUUGCAAUGUCCAUAUUUUCAUAGAAGAAUUUUGAUAUAUGGCAAAUGACAUCAGUGGGUGGUAGUGAUAAUGGUAUCAAAGUGAGUACAAGGAGGAUUUGAAUAUGUAGAAAAUGGAGUAUGGUUUUCGACAGACUUCUUCAAGGUUCACUUUCACCCCAAGAGUAUUUAAGUGGAGGGCAAAACGGGCAUAAAGAAGGUCAAUAACUUUGAUAGCAGAACCCACUUGGGGUUGGUCUAGUGGUGUUGGCUUGGGUCCUUGGAGUAUGCUCCUCUCAAGGUCUCAGGUUCGAUUCUCCCUGGUGCCAAUUUCGGUGGGCUAAGUCCAUACAGAGCAAAAAAACUCUGGCUUUAAAUGGGGCCCCCACAAGUGGGCGGUGGGAUUGGUCCCCUUGGAUUAGUCGGUCCUAAGGCCGGAUACCAAGUUUUCAAAAAAAAAAAAAAACUUUGAUAGCAGAGUUGGAUAAGAUACAUUCUUUCCCCUGACGAUUUUGACAAAAUACAGGUAGGUAAUGAUCCAAGAAUUAGUUUGCUCAUACGAUACGCACUUCAUGUGAAAGCAUUCUUGGCUGAAGUGUGGUAAAAACUAGCCCAACCUUACCUUUUUCUAAGUUUAACUUUGCUAAAUAGAAAAUGGCAAUGACAAGAUUGAAUUCUUGUUAAAAGAGAGUAAGAAACUUUUAUACCAUGUCAAGUAAUAAAGAUUUGUUUAGAUUGCUAUAUGUUAAUUAAUCUGAUUUCUUACACUUUUUUUCAUGUUCAUUUCAGACCCUGGUAAUUAUUCAAAUUUUCUUAAUAUGUUGUUUAUGGCGAUGCUAUAAUACCUUCAAUGUGGCAGAAAGACCCUAAAAGGCUAAAACAUACUGAAAGUUAUGUAUAAAAGAGAUUUUAGCAGCAGUUAGCAUGUUAGGUCAGCAUGAAAAUUGUGUUAUUCAGGCAAUUACUGUGGAAGUGGAAAUAUGUAAAGUUCUCAUGCAUUGUAGGGUUUGAAUCAUAUUCUUCUCACAUGUCUAAUAUUUGUUCAGCUGCCAAAUUUACACUGAUAUGUAGGUCUUAAUUCUCUUGAGCUCAAUUAUGUUCUAAUAUUAUUAUUGACUAUGCAUCUGCUUUAAGCUCCAUGAGAAAAGUUCUGCCAUAAGAUACCCAGAACGGACGAUGAAUGAUGUUCAUUUUAUUCGGUUGCAAAUUUUCCGUUAGGGUUACAGGACUAAAUAAUCUGAACAAAGUGACUCGGAGGCAAUCAACUACAAUUAUUUUUAAGGUUAACUGAACAAAGUGACUCAGAUCCAUUUAAGAUGUCAAAUUCAUAAAUGGAUCUCAGUUACUUCGAGGGAUUAAUAUCUGCAAUUGUGCAUAGUGAAUACAGUGAUUUAUUCAAAAAAAGAUAGGUAAAAUAAAUUUUGUAAAGGGAGUAACUACUGUCAUUCUGUAUCUAUUGCCAGUUAAUCAUUCUUGUUCAAUUUAAUUUUUAUUUAUUUUCUAAAUUAUUAAUUUCAUUGAAUCCAGAACACUAAGGAUUGGAAAAGAAGAAAGUAAACCAGAAGGGAAAUAAACACAUCAGUAAUGGAUCAUUACUAGUUAAUAUAAAAUUCAACAGCUUUUCUUUUUCUUUAUGUCUUUAUAUAUAUGGGAUAAAGAUUUGAGAAAGGUCUUAGUUGUUAUCUUCUUAUCAUAUAAAAAAGGUAGAGAGAGAUUACCAAAGAAUAAUAAUUCACACAAUGAUGAGCCCAACCCUGUUAAAAUUAAUGAAGAAAAUACACCCAAUUUCCUAAGCUUAAUCAUCAUCAUCACACCAUUCUCAUCAUAAAUGAAAAAGAAUAUAUAAACAUGAAGGUAUAUAGUUCAUAGGGUCCUUUGUCCAUGCUGGUCACUCAGACAGUUCAAAAUCUAAAACUCUUUAACUUUAGAAAAGCAAAAAAAGCACAUGGA